AUGAGGGUGAUUUUGUUGUUAGCUCUUUAUGAUUCAAUUGUGGUGGCUAGGCUCAUCUGGUUUAGCACCAUUCCGGUGAAAGUAUAUUUUAAUGUACAUAACAUGGCUGAUAACAUGAAACGUUUUUUCAAGACCAUUAUGGAUGGGGGAAGGCCCACACUGGAAAGGAAAAAGAAAAUGAAUACAGGCUCAACUCUUCAGCAACCGCAUGAAAUCUGGAAGCAAAUUAGGCAAAAGGAGAAGCUAAUGCAUUACAAAAAGAGUAAACCUCAGCUUACUAAUUAUGACCCUUGGAAGAAACCCAACAAGGAAAAAAUAAACCCAACAUCAUCGACAAUAAAAUCACAGGCUCAAGAAACUGAUACAACACACCAAGAAGAAACAAAAACCCAAAUUCACAAGAAAAACAAUCAAGCAAAUCAUAUCCACACCGAAAGAAGAAAAAUUUACAAUCAUGAGUCUGUUUCACUACACCGGCGGGCUAAACGGAAUUCCACCACUUGGAAUACCGGAAGCAGUCGGCUUCGAAGUGGAGACAAUCAAUCCGUUCGAAACGGCGUCGUUCUCGUCCAGAAAGAGGCCUUCAGGAUUCCUCAACACUCCAUGGACGACAGAGAUAAACAGGCCGAGGCCCACGCCAAUGGACAGGCUGUUGAGCGGCCCCGUGAUCCAGAAGGCCACGAUGGAGAUCAAGACGAUGCCCAAAAUCACGGCCCAAUCGCUGACGUGGUGGCCCCAAACCAGGAGCGGAUCUUCCCGGAAAAAGUAGAGGAUCAGCCAGAGGAAGUAGACGAAGCCGAUGAGUAA